UUAUCGGUAGAAUUUAUAUUCUAAAGAAACCCUCUUCUUCUUCUUCUUCUUCUGGUUCUGGGGAGCGAAAACGAGCCGCCGGCGAGAAGAAGACGAAGUAAGUAGCGAAAGCAGAUGUUAGGACAAAUGGCGACUACACUAGUCUCCUCUUCCUCAUCUUCUUAUCUCCUCCGACCGCCGUCGAUUCAUUCUCCUUCUUCUUCCUCUGUUUUAUCUUUCUUCUUCUUAUCGAAGAAAAAUCCUCUGUCUACCAUUCACCACCACCACGAGAAGUCGCCGAUUUCCAUCGUCUCUUCUUCUUCAUCUUCAUCUUCAUCCUUGAAUCGUUUGUCUUUUCUACCCCGUCUAUUCUCCAAUCCUUGUCUAUCUCUCUCGAUUUUACCACCACUUUGUUCUCUUUCAACCUCCCAAUUAACCACUGAACUGACUGCUGAUGAUGAUAACGAAGACGGGUUUGUUGAAGAAGAAGAAGAAGAAGAAGAGGAAAUUGGGAAAGAUGAAAGUUUGAAAAGUGGUGAUGUUUUGUCUCCAUUGAUUGCAAUGAGAAGGAGAGAACCAAUGGCGAAAUUGCCGAAUCUUACAAUGAAAGAGAAGAAAGAGCUGGCUUCAUACGCCCAUAGUCUUGGGAAGAAGCUGAAGAGCCAACAGGUGGGGAAAUCUGGUGUGACUGACUCUGUUGUGACUGCACUGAUCGAAACACUAGAAGCUAACGAGCUCCUCAAGCUGAAAAUACAUGGAAGCUGUCCUGAUGAGUUAGAUGAGGCAGUGAAGAGAUUAGAGGUGGGUACAGGGUCAGUAAUGGUUAGUCGAAUAGGUAGAACCAUUAUCAUAUAUAGGCCAAGUCCAACAAAGUUGAAAGUGGAAGAGAAGAAGAAACUAAAUCAAAUUGCAUUUCAGAAGAAAAGGCUGGCCUUUUACAAUUCUCAGGUUAGUUUUUGAAUUUUAAUGAUGGGUGUAAUUCAAUUCAUCAUAAAUUGAGAUGUUCUUACAGAAAAAUAGGCAACAGCAGCAGAAAGAGGAGUUACAAGAAGGGCCUAAGAAGCUAUCUGGACGUGGUCGAAGAGGAAGCAGCAGAUGGACAAAUUCUUCUUCUUCUUCUUCUUCUUGAGAUGCAGAUUGCAGAUGCAACAAUCAAUCAAUGAGUUAUUAUUAUGCAUUUGUUUCAUCUCUUAUGAAUGUUGGCAUGGGAGGGAGGAGGAGGAAGAGUGAUUUUCUUGAAUUAGUUCCAAAUUCUCCUGAAAUGUGUAUGUGUCUGAUCUUAUCUGAUAUUAAAUUAGUAUU